AUGUUGAUCUCAUUGUUGUUGUGCUUGAUCCCAGCAAUCGUGGUCUACACUCUGGUCCGAAACUACUUUCUUCUGCCGUCGUCGAUUCCAGGUCCUUUCUUCGCUCGUUUCACCGACGCAUACCGGGCACUCCUGGUCUACAGACGCAAUCCCCACGAGGUGCAUCUCGCGCUGCACAAGAAGCACGGCAACCUCGUACGUCUGGGGCCGAACUACGUUUCCGUGUCCGGUUCACGAGGCUACACCCCUCAGAUCUACGGUAUCGGCAAAGGUCUCGUCAAGUCGGACUUUUACAGCGUUUUCCAAAACAUUGUCAACGGGCGACGCGCAGCCAGUCUAGUGGCUGAGACGGACGAGACGGCCCACGCCAAAUCCAAGAGACUGAUUGCCCACGCCUACUCGUUAAGCACGCUCGUGGAGUACGAGAGUCUAGUUGAGCGGACGACACUGUGUUUCUUGGACACGUUGGAAUCGCGGUUUGCCAAAUCCAGUGCCUCUGAGAAUGAGACUGUCAGUGGCAAUGCCAACGACAGCCCAACUUGUGCUGCGAGUGACAACGACCAUGACAAACUCACCGCCACGACAACCACCAUCAGCCCCGGCCGUUGCCUAGAUCUCGCACAAUACCUCCAGUUCUUCGCCUUUGAUGUCAUCGGCGAACUUACCUUCAGUCGCCGGCUGGGCUUCAUCGAGUCCGGCACUGACGUCGACGGGAUCAUUGACGCCAUCGGAUCCAACUUCUCGUACUUCAGCGUCCUUGGCCAAAUGCCGUGGCUAGACGAGGCUUUCCUGGGCAAGAAUCCGGUCUACGUCAAGUACUUUCGCAAGAGUGUCAGUUCGCCUAUUUUGAUCUUUGCACAGCGUUUGCUCAAGGGACGUCUUCAAGACCUUGAAAAAGGGGGUGGUGGCGACCAGAAAAACCAAGACGCCGACAACAGUUUCAGCAGACCCGAUUUCCUCACCCGAUUUCUCAAAGUCAGAAAGGAACAGGCCGAUGGAGACGAAGCCUUGACGGACGGUCAGAUUCUAUCAUAUCUUUUCGUUGGUGUACCUUUUAUUGUAUCUACUUCAAAAGCACCCGCCCCAUCCCCCUUCUCCGUUCUCUUUUCCCCCUUUUUCUUGAUAUCACUCACUACUAACAUUCUGUUGCGUUGGGUUUCUCUGGUUUUCAGUAGACGCCACGUCUUUUCAACCCCUGUCCCCAUCCACGUCCUCAUCUUCGUCUCAAUAUACAGCAAAUACAGGCUCACACGUCCACGCCCGCUGACGCAAAACCAGAUGAACAUCAACGCAGGAAGUGACACAAUCGCAUCCACACUUCGCGCGAUCUUCUACUAUCUUCUCAAACACCCCGAGUCCCUCGCUACACUGGUCCACGAACUCGACCGUGCCGCACGAGACUCGAAAAUCUCCGUACCAUGCCCGACGUGGGCCGAAACGCAAGAGAGCCUACCGUAUCUCUGUGCGGUGAUCAAAGAAGGUCUGCGACUGAAUCCGGCGCUAUCAUUACCUUUGGAACGUGUCGUCCCGAAGACCAACGCAAACAACGCAAACGCAAACGCAAACACCACCAAAAACAACGUCGGCAUUGGCGGAAGGGGAGGAGAAGGAGAAGGGCUAGCACUCCUCCACGAGGACGGGACUCGAACCUUCUUCCCAGCGGGGACAAUAAUCGGGAUCAACCCAUGGGUCUUUCACAGAAGCACGCACGUUUUCGGUGACGACGCCGAGUCGUGGAAUCCGAGCCGGUGGCUGAGCGACGAAGAGGUGGCGACCAAAUCGAUGGAGCACAGUCUCCUGUCCUUUGGCGCAGGGAAGAGGUCGUGCCUGGGCAAGAACAUCGCGCUGCUCGAACUGCACAAGCUCGUGCCGGCCAUGUUGUUGAAGUUCAAGAUCGAGCUCGCGCAUCCAGAGUGGGAGUGGACGGUUGAGAACGCCUGGGCUUUGAACCAGAGAGACAUUGAGGUCACUUUGUCGCUGAGAUAG